GCACGUAACUUAUCAGAGUGACACCACUUAUCUACCUGCUAUGGAACAUGGACAGUGACAAAUCUGAAAGUUGGUCAUAGGUCCAAUGAGGAGGAUGAAGUGCUGUCCAUGUGACUCCAGGAACCCAAGCAGUAGGCUGGCCCACACUGUCCAGGAUGUCCUGUCCACUGCUGGACCAGAGAGGUGGUGGCAGUCCAGGAAAGAGGUGAAUCCGGUCACUCUCCAGUUGGACCUCAACAAUUUGUUCCAGUUGGACAACCUGGUGCUGAACUUUAAGGGUCCUCGUCCCAGUGCCUUGAUUAUAGAGAGGACACAGGAUAAUGGCAGGACAUGGGAGCCCGCCAUCUACAUGGCUGCAGACUGUCAAAAGUCAUUCUCUGGUGUCUCCACAUCAACGCCACUUACCCUGGAGCAGACAUACUGCUACACUCUGCCCCCUACUGGACAUCCAUACCAAGAGCAGAUCAUCCAGUUCAGUCCUUUGCGUCAGUAUGCUUAUGUCUCAGCUCCCAACAGCCAAAAGAUUGAAGAGAUGUCUGGUUUAACGGGACUGAGGGUGAGGCUGGCAGAGCUGGGUGAUGUACCACAUCUACCAGGCAGAGCUCUCAGUAGGUUCUACGCUCUGAAGGAAAUGAGGGUGAUGGGCAGCUGUAUGUGCCACGGACACGCCAACCGAUGCCUGCCAGAAGGCUACAACAACGCUCUGUCCAAUGGUAUACAGGUGAACCCUCAGUGUGACUGCCAGCAUAAUACAGCAGGUGUGAACUGUGAGCGCUGUGCUGAUCUCUACAAUGAUCUACCCUGGAGACCUGCAGAGGAGAGAAACACUCAUACCUGCAAACGCUGUGAAUGUAACAACCACGCCCAGCGCUGUCAUUUUGACCAGGAGGUGUUCAAGGCCAAUGGUGGGAGGAGCGGAGGUGUCUGUGAAGGUUGUAUGCACCACACCACAGGGCCAAAGUGUGACCAGUGUGCCCCAGGCUACCAGCCAAACCCCCGCAGCCAAAUGGAUCGUCCUGACGCCUGCAUUCGUUGUGUCUGCAGUGCUGAGGGGACAGAGAAUGAGGGCCGGUGUGACGAAAGCACAGGCUCCUGUCAGUGUAAAGUAAAUGUGGAAGGCCCCCGCUGUGACCGCUGUAAGAGAGGCCACUACGGUCUGAGUGCCUCCAACCCUCUGGGCUGCUCCAAGUGUUCCUGUUCUCCAGACGGGUCACUGUCACAUACUUGUGACCCAGUGACAGGCCAGUGUCCCUGCCGUACCCACUUCCAUGGCUUGACCUGUGAAGUUUGCGCAAAAGGCUACUGGAAACAGUCAGGACGUUGUGAGCCUUGCAGCUGUGACCCCACCAGGUCACUCAGUGAUGCCUGCGACCAGAGGACAGGUCAGUGUCAGUGCAGAUCAGGUUUUGGAGGCCAAAAAUGUACAGAGUGCCCAGACAACACAUAUGGAGACGCUCUGAUUGGCUGCCGUCGGUGUCAGUGUGAUACUAAAGGAACCCUUGCAGAAGUAUGUGACAAGCAGACAGGAACCUGUCUGUGUCGGCCGGGCGUCACCGGGGCUCGCUGUGACUCCUGCAGUCGAGGACACUGUGACUCCUUCCCUAGCUGUGAGUCAUGUCCCUCCUGCUACUUCACCUUGGAUGCCCAGCGACAGAACCUCAGCUUAGCUUUGGAGAGACUCUCCCCGAGAUUCCCUACUCGUCCAGGAGGUGAUUUUGGAAACUUUGGGCCUCGCAUCCUCACCUUGGAGGCCAACCUGAACCUGCUCCGGGACUCCAUCUCCCUUCCUACCACUAGUGCCAGACAGAUUGAUGAUGUCCUGUCCCAACUGAACAAGCUCAGGAACCAGAUGGACAAGGUUAACAGAGACCUUUCACCUCUGGACAGAGUACCUGGCCUGGACUCAGAGCUGGUCAAACUGCAGGCUCUGCUGGAGAGCCUGCGUGUGCAGUACAAUGCCAAGAAAGACGCCAUGACGAACUCCGUCAACAACAAUAAUGCAGGAGCAUUCACUGUCAUCAAGAACGCCUACGAUGAGUCUACGGAUGCGGCUAAGAAAGUAGACGCCAGCGAGAAGACGGUGAAAGAGUCAGCGGAUGUCAGAGAAGAGGUUAAGGACCUUCAUAACAGAGUUCAACCAGGAAACACCAGAGAUCUGGACAAACUCAACUAUAACAUAGCCUCCCGACCUGACCUCACUCCCGUGGCCAAACAGGUGUGUGGCAGUGUCCGCUCAAAGCCCUGCACCCUUCUCCAGUGUGAGGGUGGGGACUUGUGUCCACCAGAGGGAACACCACUGUGUGAAAAGGGAGAAAUAUGUGUGGGUGCCCUGCCUCUCAGCAAGAGGGCAGACGCUGAUGCUAAGGAUGUGAAAGACCGACUGGACAAGCUCACCAGCAAAAUCACAGAGGCUGCAGAGAAGCUCCAAAGAACACAGGAGACAACCAAUCAGGUGAGACAGUCUGCAGAGAAGCUGUCCAAUAGGAUGAAGCAGACCAGAGAUGUUCUAGAAGGUGACUUAAAAGAGACACGCGAUGUUGUGAAGGAGCUCAAAGACUUCCUGUCAGACCCGUCCUCCAACCUGGCCCAAAUCCAGGAGGUGAGCGACUGGAUCCUAAAAGCCAAACUGCCUCUCAGCCUGGCCACUCUGAGAAGGAAACUGGAGGAGCUCAAAAAUCUGGCAGCCAAUCUACCAGACAGCACGGCCGUGUUGAACGAGGCCGAACCGCAGCUGGACGCAGCCAGGAAACUGCUAGAAGAAGCCCAGGAUGCCAGAGACAAGGCACUGGGGGUAAAGGGUGAUGUGGAUGGGCUGCUGGCAGGUUUCGGUGUGGUGGAGGGCUCCCUCUCUGACCUGGAGGAAAAACUGCAGAACAACAUGGACAGCAUAGAUGACCUGAUUAACAAUCUGAACAAGGCCAAAGAACAACUGACUCCAGCAGAGAGGGCUCUGGAUGAUGUGUCAACACUGAUGAAGCCAGUCAAACCUCAGCUGGAUGAGCUCAAAGACCUGCUGAAGAGAGGAGGCCAGCAGGCUCAGGAUGCACAGGACAAUGCAGACAAUGCUGAAGAUGAAGCAGCCGAUGCAAAUGAGGACCUGCUGUCAUUGCAGGACCAGCUGAAUAAACUGAAAGAUGCAGCUGCUGCCAGCGGGUCUGGUGGAGAGUCGGGGCCAGUGGGAGAUCGACUGGCAAAGCUGCAGCAGGACGCUGGAGCUCUGGCCAACACCACUGACGGUAUGAUGAAGGCUCUGGAAGGUAAAGCAGAUACCCUGAGGGGUCUGCAGGAUGAGAUCCUUCGAAAGUCAUCAAAGCUCGAAGGACUUGACGCCAAACUUCAACACCUUUUAGCACAACUUCGAAAGAAAGCCAGAGACCUCAGCAUCUGCCAGGGCUGAGAAACCAAACAGCAGCUGACACUACAUCACGUCUUCAACAACAUGCACCUUUUCAAUGGUCAUCAGUCUUCACUUGACUAAAGGAAGAAUACCCAUAUCUGAACCCUUUUAUAACUCGUACUUUGCACCUCAUCUCUAGCAGUUGACAAAAAAAUGUGGGAAUUAAAGAAGUUUUAGUGUAAAGAGUUUAACACUGUCCUUCACUUCAUUAUAAAUUAACUGCUAUACAUAUACAUUACACUAUACAUUUAACAAUGAUGUUGUCACUUCCAUUCACUUAUCAGAAAUGCAUUUUGUGUGAACAUAUUUUGUAAACACCAAUAUUAUCACAUAAUAUAGAUAUACAGUAUAAGUCACUACUGUAUAUCAGUAUUUGAUCAAACAUUGUGAUAUUUGAUUUUAUCAGUAUCAUUAUCAGAAGUGAGCACAUUAUCUAGAUUUUUAUUCAGUCAGUAGAACCACAUUCCACUGUGAACACGCCACGACAAUUAUUAUGUAUUUCUAAACUGGCACAAGGUUGAAUAUUGUAUUAUUUAUUUUCAUUUUUGCACCUGUUGUUUUGUGCAAAAUCCACAAUAUUUAAAUAAAAGUCUUUUUAAUACUUUGA